GAUUUUCCUACCAAGUUCCGUUUGGGAGCCUUUUGGGGCCAUUUCUAGAUGGGGGACAAAAAGGAGAGACUACCAAGAAACAGCAACAGCAACAACAACAUCUAUCAUCUUCUUCUGAUGACCCAGUUCUGGAAUCAACAGAAAAUAUGCAACAGCCGCAGUCGCACCACCAGUCACUGCCGGUGGCGGUGGUGGUUUUCCGGAGCCCUGUUUAUCUCUGCUCCCUUGUACAUCCCUAG